AAAAAAAACAAAACAAAGAAGGCCACCAAACAAAUGCCUUACAUUCCACAGGUGCAGUUAUUUCACAAAUGAAAAGGAAGUGAACACAACAGUUUCUAGGUGGUGCUUGCAGAUUCUUUCCAUGUAUUCCUUAUGAAAUCUGAGAUACAUUACCAUUUUAAAGUACUCUGUGCUCAGUAAAACUAAAUAGGCAUAUUGUUAGUGCUGGGACUUCUUGUAAAAGUAUAGUAUCUUACCUGAGGGGUUUCUUUUCCAUUCUGGUAUCUUUAUUUUAAAUUUUUUUUUCUUGUUUUGUGCUAGUCAUGUUCCAAUUAACUCCUAUAAUGUUACACAGCCUACAACCUCUUAGCUCUUAUUCCUGCUUUUAUGCUAGAAAGCAAAGGUAGCAAGCAGCACAAAGCCUUUAACCUUAUCUUCCAGGCAAGCUUAUCCCUAUAUGUUGGUUGUUGCCUUCUUGUGCUGAUAGAAGGCAGAAAGAUACAUGUAUGCAGGCAUACCCCUGGCUUCACACAGGCUCCUCUAGGAUGAUUGUUUUCAGUUCCAGGAAGAUGAUGCAGGAGAUGAACACUCAAAUGAGGAUGAAUUUUAAAGGACCUUAGAAAGCAUGCUCCCAAAAUGUAAGUUUCAUACAUGUUAAAAAUACCUAUUUAAUGGUAUACUUCAUAUUAAAACACAGGUUUUCAGUAGCAGAUCUUAGAUAAUGCCCAGACAGGAAAGAGAUUUAGAGUCGCUCUUUUUCUUUCUAAGUUCCCUGGACAUCCAACAAAACUAAAUUACUAAUGGCUCACCUUUGGGUUGAUCGUAAGUAUUAGGUGAACCUUUUUGUCUAACUGGGUUAAUUAGGUAUUAUGUUUUCUCUUUUUCACCUAAGUAAAGGUUUUAUAAUGUCUUAGUAUUUCAGCUCCUGCAGCUGCUUUCAUUGCGCAAGUUAAAGAUCUCUCUCGUGUUGAGCCACCUGUUUUCAGCAAACACGUAUAACCUGUAUUGGCUCUGGAAUGUCCCCUCAUCUUCAAGAACCAACUGAAACUGGCCAACAGGGAGGUGACCAUUCCCCUUCCUCCCAUGAUACAGAAAGACUGAAUGAUAGACACGUCUGACUGCACAGUGUUCCUUAGAAAACAGCCUUAAAGAAAUAAAUCACUGUUUGGAUCACAUGUUAAAGCUUUGUACAAUUGAGGGUUUGAGAUGUGCUAAAUCUUACACGAUCUGCACAGUCCUAUUCCCUUGAACAGAACUAAUCACUCAAAUUGCAUAAAGCUGAGUGCUUGUUUAAAUCCUCACAUGACUGAUGACUAAUGUUCAGUAUUUAAAAUCCUGUCCAAAGACAAAGGCACUGAUUGUUUCAUUUGAGCAGUCAACUUUCUAAUCAUCGUAGUAAUUUAAAUCUCUAUCAUUUAAAAUGUCUAAGAAGCGUGACCUCGCUUCAUCAACAGAUUCUCCUUUUGUCCUUCUAGAAAAUUUUGCAUACUAUAUACUACUGCAUUAGAAGUAAAAUAUUUUCAGUCUGAAAGUGUCUUAAAUUCCAUGCUUUAGGGCAGAUAUUAAACAAGAAACAAACCGAGACAGAAGAUAAAUUUGAUGGGGUUUCCUGAGCACACUAAAUCUAAAGAGAACUCUGAGUUGAUCUUAAAUAUAACCAUCACUGAGUAUUCAAGUGGGUAUGAGGCAUUUUCUGAAUAUGUGUCAGUGUACAGUGCAAGAGGCGAAUACAGGGCCUACCGCUUCAUCUUCUCCAGCCUACCAGAGUUCAAAAUUAUAGUUCAAGCCAUGGAGUUUGUAUUGUUGCAUCUCUAGGAGGUUCAAAGAGCGACUGUAAGCCUUUUGGGCAUGGCAUCAUUUUGCUCUCCUUACAGCAGAAGCCCACCUAGCUUCUGCUGUGUGACUGGGACCCGGCGAGUGCCGUGCGGUGCCCGCAGCGAAGGGGCCCGUGGCCGGGAGCGCAGGCUCUGGUGCCCCGCUCCCUCAGCGCUCCCGGAGGGGCCCGUGGCCGGAGCGCAGGCUCUGGUGCCCCGCUCCCUCAGCGCUGCCGGAGGGGCCCGUGGCCGGAGCGCAGGCUCUGGUGCCCCGCUCCCUCAGCGCUCCCGGGGCCGCGCCCCAACCCGGGCGCUGCCGCCGCUGCCGCAAAGCGCGCCAGGCGGCGCGGAGCCAGCCGUACUCUCUGUCGCGCUGCCGGAAGUGAUGGCGUGCGCUUUGCGGCGCGGCGCCCCUGAUCCGAGGCCCGGAAGCCCCGUGCGGCCUUUUCGCGGAGCCGCCGCCGAGGACGGGUGA